AUGGUGGUGGCGACGACCAUAGCGCUUUACGCUAGCCCACCUAGCGGCGUUUGUUCCACGCCGCAUCAGAUCACCGCUUGUGAUCUCGAUCUCAGCUUCAGGAGCUCGUCGGCAUCUCCUUCCACGCCGCAGAAACCAAUCGUCGGAGGUCUCUCUUCCCUUUUCUCCGGCGCGUCUGUCAAAUCCUUAGCUUCCUCCUGCUCCUCGUUCUCAGCCGGAGUAGAGGAAUUCUCGUCCCUGCGCCAUGAUCGGAGUGAGGAUCUGAGCUUGAGCAGCUCCUUCUGUUAUUCUCCGGCGAAAUUUGCGAAUUCCUCGUACCUUAGACGGGACCAUCAAAGCCCCAUCUCUGUGCUUCACGGCCCAGUCUCGUGUAGUUGCAGCCCUCCGAUGAGAGCUUCUCGCGAUCGGAGUUUAGACGGAAGCUUCCAUGGCUCAUUUCGCGUAGGAGCUAGCGGAUUAUUCAAUGGAUUCGUUAGGAAAGCAAUAGGCUCGUGUGUGGAUUACGAUUUGGGAUCGUCUUCUUCGUCUUCGGAUCCGAUUCUCGUCGAUGAGCUAACGUUUUCCAUGGAAGAUGGUUUUGGAGCAGAUACUAGACAGCCAUAUGCUAGGGAUUUGCUAGGACGUGCUCAAUUGAGGCACUCAAUCUUCAAAGACGAAUCCGUUAUCAAAGCAUUUUACGAAGCAGAGAAAGCUCACAGAGGACAGAUGAGAGCGAGUGGUGAUCCUUACUUGCAACAUUGCGUUGAGACUGCUUUGUUGCUGGCUAGUAUCGGAGCUAACUCCACCGUUGUCGUGGCUGGGCUGCUUCACGAUACUAUGGACGAUUCAUUCAUGAGCUAUGAUUACAUUCUCAGAAACUUUGGUGCAGGAGUUGCUGAUUUGGUCGAAGGGGUCUCAAAGCUUAGCCAAUUGAGCAAACUCGCUAGAGAGAACAACACGGCGUGUAAAACUGUGGAAGCAGAUCGCUUGCAUACAAUGUUUCUUGCAAUGGCAGAUGCGAGAGCUGUUCUUAUAAAACUUGCUGAUCGUCUGCACAACAUGAUGACGCUAUACGCUCUCUCCCCAGUGAAGCAGCAGAGGUUUGCUAAAGAGACGCUUGAAAUAUUCGCACCUCUGGCUAAUCGAUUGGGAAUCUCUACAUGGAAAGUCCAGCUUGAGAAUCUUUGUUUCAAGCAUCUUUACCCGCAGCAGCAUAACGAGAUGUCAACCAUGUUCGAGGAUUCAUUCGAUGAAGCUAUGAUUACUUCUGCUAUAGAGAAGUUGGAGGAAGCUCUCAAGAAAGAAGGCAUUUCUUAUCAUGUUCUCUGUGGUCGGCACAAGAGCUUGUAUAGUAUCUACUGCAAGAUGUUGAAGAAAAAGCUAACUGUAGAUGAGAUUCACGACAUUCAUGGGUUACGUUUGAUUGUUAAUAACGAAGGAGAUUGUUACAAGGCCUUAGGAGUAGUUCAUAGUUUAUGGUCUCAAGUUCCUGGGAAGCUCAAGGAUUACAUAACUCAUCCCAAGUUCAAUGGGUAUCAAUCUUUGCACACGGUAGUGAUGGAUAAUGGAACAGUUCCACUUGAAGUCCAGAUACGUACACAGGAGAUGCAUUUGCAAGCUGAGUUUGGGUUUGCAGCUCACUGGAGGUACAAGGAAGGUGACUGCAAAUACUCUUCGUUUGUGCUUCAGAUGGUUGAAUGGGCUCGGUGGGUUGUAACUUGGCACUGUGAAACAAUGAGCAAAGACCGAUCUUCCAUCCGUUCUUCUGAUUCCAUCAAACCCCCUUGCAAGUUUCCUUCUCACUCUGAGGACUGCCCGGCUUCUUACAAGCCUAACAGUAGCCAGGACGGACCAGUCUAUGUCAUCGUCAUCGAAAAUGAAAAGAUGUCUGUGCAAGAGUUCCCAGCGAACUCUACGUUGUCGGAUCUGCUGAGCCGGGCGGGGCCAGGGAGCUCGAGGUGGUCCAUGUAUGGGAUACCAGCAAAGGAAGAGCUAAGGCCGAGACUGAACCAGAGACCUGUAAGCGACCUAAAGGGGAAGCUGAAGAUGGGUGAUGUGGUGGAGCUGACUCCACCAAUUCCUGAUGAGUCUCUGCCUGAGUACAGAGAAGAGAUCCAACGUAUGUAUGAUCGAGGGCUCGCGUUUUCCCGCCCUGGAACAAUGGUCGGAUGGGGAAGCUGA